AUGAAAUUUGUAAUUUUGUUGGCGGUUUUGGGUUGUGCGCUCGCCCAGGGGCAAGAGCUGCGAGGGAGCGACGGGCGUUAUUACCCGGAGCUCUACCAAGGCAAAUGGAAUGAUGGAAAGUAUCGGCCAGAUAACAGUGGAGCAUAUCGUCCUGAUGGAUCAGGACAAUAUAGCGGCAAAUAUGUUCCUUACGUAGAUAGCAAAUAUGGUGUGGGUGGACAAGGAGGAGCUGGAGGCUUCGGCGGCCAAGGAGGACGUGUCGGUGGUAGCGGUGGUCGCGGUGGAGCUGGAUCCGGUGGAGGAGUCGGCAGUGGUUCUGGAUUCGGAUCAGGUGCAGGAAAGGGAUCCGGAUUUGGUGGUGGAUCAGGAGCAGGAAAAGGAGCUGGUUCGGGAGCCGGAAAAGUAUCAGGUAAGUUAAGUUCAGGAGUGGGCUCUCGGUUAGGAGCUGGAUCUGGAUCUGUUAAUGCAGGACUAGGAUCCGGUUUAGUAGCUCCCAAGCUGGGAUCAAGCAGUGGAUCACUCUCGCCCAGCAAAUCCUCCUCGGGCAGCGGCUUGGGAUGGGAUCGCAUCAAGGAGCAAGUUAAGCAGUACAAUCAGGAUGGUUACUUCUACCGGUAUCUGACCGAGCAGGAAUCUCAGAUCGCCGAAUCUGGACGUAUCGAAAAUCGCGAUACUGACAAUGAGCUGCUCCGUGCCAAGGGUUUCUACGAAUACGUUGGCACUGACGGCGUGAAAUACCGCGUCGAUUACACCGCCGAUGAGAACGGAUUCGUUCCACAAGGUGCCCAUCUGCCCACCCCUCCACCAAUCCCAGAGGCCAUUUUGCGAGCGCUUGAGUAUGUGAGAAAGUUGCAGCAGUAA